CUCAAGCUCGUGCGGUUCCCCUGUGCGGAGCUAGUUUUUGUGUCCUCGCGUGUUCAGGGUUUCUGUGCCAGGAAGCCCGUGAGUUCUGUGAGCCUGGAACAGAGGCCAGUUAUCUGUCCCAGGAGGGCACCAGGAGACCUGCUCUGUGUGGCUGCGACGGUGAGGGCGGGCGUACUGCUCUGUAGGGGGCCCCAGCGCCGCUCUGGUAUUAAUAGUUCAUCUAGGGAAAUUGCUUCAUCAUGAGAAAUUUAAAGUUGAUUCAGACUCUGGAGUUCAAGGAUAUUCAAGCACCAGGGAAACCCCAGUGCUUCUGUCUCCGAACUGAACAGGAUACAGUCCUUAUUGGUUCAGAAUGUGGAUUGAUAGAAGUAAAUCCUGUCACACGAGAAGUGAAAAAUGAAAUUUCUCUGGUGGCAGAAGGCUUUCUUCCAGAGGAUGGAAGUGGCUGCAUCGUUGGUGUUCAGGACUUGGUAGAUCAAGAUUCUGUGUGUGUGGCCACGGCCUCUGGAGAUGUCAUUCUAUGUAAUCUGAAGACACACCAGCUGGAAUGUGUUGGAAGUGUGGCCAGUGGCAUCUCUGUCAUGAGCUGGAGUCCUGACCAAGAGCUUGUGCUUCUUGCCACAGGUCAGCAGACCCUGAUUAUGAUGACAAGAGACUUUGAACCAGUCAUGGAGCAGCCAGUCCACCAGGGUGAUUUUGGUGAAAGUAAGUUUGUCACUGUUGGAUGGGGCAAGAAGGAGACACAGUUCCAUGGAUCAGAAGGCAGGCAAGCAGCCUUCCAGAUGCAAACGCAUGAGUCUGCUUUGCCCUGGGAUGAUCACAGACCACGAGUUACCUGGCGUGGCGAUGGACAGUUUUUUGCUGUGAGUGUCGUUUGUCCAGAAACAGGAGCUCGGAAGGUCAGAGUAUGGAACCGGGAGUUUGCUUUGCAUUCGACCAGUGAGCCUGUGGCAGGACUGGGACCAGCCCUGGCCUGGAAACCCUCAGGCAGUUUGAUUGCCUCUACACAAGAUAAACCCAAUCAGCAGGAUGUUGUGUUUUUUGAGAAAAAUGGACUUCUUCAUGGUCACUUUAUGCUUCCAUUCUUCAAGGAUGAGAUGAAGGUCAUUGACUUGUUCUGGAAUGCAGAUUCCUCUGUGCUUGCUGUUUGGCUGGAAGACCUUGAGAGGGAAGAAAAUCCUGCUCUGAAAAGCUAUGUUCAGCUCUGGACUGUUGGAAAUUAUCACUGGUAUCUCAAACAAAGUCUGCCCUUCAGUACCUGUUUGAAGAGUAAGAUUGUAUCUCUGAUGUGGGACCCAGUGAUCCCAUACCGGCUGCAUGUUCUCCGUCAGGGCUGGCAUUACCUCUGCUAUGACUGGCGCUGGACGACUGACCGGAGCUCAGGAGAUAAUUCCAGUGACUUGGCAAAUGUGGCUGUCAUUGAUGGAUAUAAGGUGUUGGUGACAGUCUUCCGGCAGACUGUGAUUCCGCCUCCCAUGUGCACAUACUACUUGCUGCUUCCACAUCCAGUGAAUCAAGUCACAUUCUCUGCACACUCUAAAAAAAGUAACGACCUUGCUGUCCUAGAUGCCAAUAACCAGGUUUAUGUGUAUAAAUGCGGAGGUAGUCCAAGUGUGGAUCCCACAGUGAAACUGGGAGCUGUGGGUGGGAAUGGAUUUAAAGUUCCUCUUAGAACACCUCAUCUGGACAAGAAAUACACAAUUCAAUUUGAGAAUGCUGAGGAUCAAGAAGUAAACCCACUGAAGCUCACCCUUCUUACCUGGAUUGAAGAAGACAGUUUCCUGGCUGUAAGCCACAGUCAGUCCAGCCCACAGUCUACUGUCCACUCUUUGACUGUGUCCCCUUCUGAGUCGGAUGAAGAACAAGGACAGCUCACCAUCAGCUCAUCGGUGACAGUGGAUGGGAUUAUAAUCAGUCUGUGUUACAGUUCCGAGACUGAGUCAGUAGCACUGCAGCUGGCGGAUGGCCAGAUACUUAAGUGCCUUUGGGAGUCAUCUUCUUUGACUGUUGAACCAUGGAAGAGCCCUGGAGGAUUUCCUGUUCAAUUCCCUUAUCCAUGCACACAGAUUGAAUUGGCUGUGAUUGGAGGAGAGGAAUAUGUCCUUGGUCUGACUGAUAGAUGUCGCUUUUUCAUCAGUGACACUGAGGUUGCAUCAAAUAUCACAUCUUUCAUACUAUAUGAUGAAUUUUUGUUGUUGACAACCCAUUCUCAUACCUGCCAGUGUUUUUCCCUGAGAGAUACUUCAUUUAAAACAUUGCAGGCAGGUCUGUGCAGCAGUCAUGUGGCUAAUGGGGAGGUUCUGCGGAAGGUGGAGAGAGGUUCACGGAUUGUCACAGUUGUGCCCCAGGACACAAAGCUUAUUUUACAGAUGCCAAGGGGGAAUUUAGAAGUUGUUCAUCAUCGAGCCCUAGUUUUAGCCCAGAUUCGGAAGUGGUUGGACAAGCUGAUGUUUAAAGAAGCAUUUGAAUGCAUGAGAAAACUGAGAAUUAAUCUCAAUUUGAUUCAUGACCAUAACCCUAAGGUGUUUCUUGAAAAUGUGGAAACCUUCAUUAGACAGAUAGAUUCUGUAAAUCAUAUUAAUUUAUUUUUCACAGAGUUGAAGGAAGAAGAUGUCACAAAGACCAUGUACCCUCCUCCAGUUACCAGCAGUGCCCAGCUGUCCACAGAUCCUGCCGGGAAAAAACUUGACCUUAUUUGUGAUGCAAUGAGAACAGCCAUGGAGAGCAUCAACCCUCACAAGUACUGCCUAUCAAUACUCACAUCUCAUGUGAAGAAAACUACCCCAGAACUGGAAAUCGUGCUGCAGAAGGUACAUGAGCUUCAAGAGAAUGAUCCAUCUGUUCCUGAUGCUGUGAGUGCAGAAGAGGCCUUGAAGUAUCUGCUCCUUCUGGUAGAUGUUAAUGAAUUAUAUGAUCAUUCUCUUGGGACCUAUGACUUUGAUUUGGUCAUCAUGGUAGCUGAAAAGUCACAGAAGGAUCCCAAAGAAUAUCUUCCAUUUCUUAAUAUGCUUAAGAAAAUGGAAACUAAUUACCAGAGGUUCACUAUAGACAAACACUUGAAACGAUAUGAAAAAGCCAUCAGUCACCUCAGCAAGUGUGGACCUGAAUAUUUUCCAGAAUGCUUAAAUUUAAUAAAAGAUAAGAGCUUGUAUAAGGAAGCUCUGAAGUUAUAUCCAUCAAACUCACAGCAGUACAAGGCUAUCUGUCUUGCUUAUGGGGAGCACCUGACCCAAGAGCACCAGCAUGAGACAGCGGGGCUUGUGUUUGCCCGUUGUGGUGCCUAUAAGGAAGCUCUCUCCGCCUUUCUGGCUUGUGGCAGUUGGCAACAAGCCCUCUGCAUGGCAACCCAGCUUCACUUGCCCAAGAACCAGCUGAUUGAGCUAAGUAGGACUCUGGCAGGAAAGCUAGCUGAACAGAGAAAGCACCGUGAGGCAGCCAUCGUUCUGGAGCAGUAUGCCCAGGAUUAUGAAGAAGCUGUGCUCUUGCUGUUAGAGGGAGCUGCCUGGGAAGAAGCUCUCAGACUGGUAUACAAAUAUAACAGACUGGACAUCAUAGAAACCAACAUAAAACCUUCCAUUUUAGAAGCUCAGAAAAAUUACAUGGCAUUUUUGGAUUCUCAAACUACUACAUUCAGUCGCCAUAAAAAGCGCUUGCUGGUGGUUCGUGAGCUAAAGGAGCAAGCACAGCCGGUGAAUCUGGUGUUUGCAUGUGCCUCUUUUCUAGAUGAUGAAGUGCCCCAUGGCCAAGAGUCAGACCUCUUCUCUGAAACUAGCAGUAUUGUGAAUGGCAGUGAAAUGAGUGGCAGAUACUCCCAUAGUAACUCCAGGAUAUCAGCGAGAUCUUCUAAGAACCGCCGCAAAGCAGAGCGAAAGAAACAUAGCCUCAAAGAAGGGAGUCCAUUGGAGGACCUGGCCCUUUUGGAGGCAUUAAAUGAAGUGGUACAAAGCACGGAAAAACUGAAAGAUGAAAUACACUGUAUUUUAAAGACACUCUUUCUCUUUGGAUUUGAUGAGCAAGGAAGGGAAUUACAGGAGGCCUUUGAGGGUACUUUGCAGCUGAUGGAAACAUCACUUCCGGAAAUUUGGAUUCUUACCUACCAGCACAAUUCAGCCAUAUCUGGCCUUGGUCCCAAUUCUACUGCAAAUAGUAUCAUGGCUUCUUAUCAACAGCAGAAGACUUCAGUUCCUGUUAUUGAUGCUGAGCUUUUCAUACCACCAAAGAUGGAUGGAAGAACACAGUGGAAACUGAGCCUGCUAGAGUGACCAAUGCAGUAGGAAAACUCCAGCAAAGACAGUUGCUUCUCGUUCCUGGUUUUCCUUCCAUCCUUGCCCCUGGGAGCCUGGCAGUUGAGAACCGGGAAAUGUGGUGAUUACAUUGUCCACAGCUGCUGCGUGCUCCAGACCUUAGCAGAGGCCCGGCAAUUCAAUUUUUUCUUUGGCGUGCAUCUCAAUUACUAGCAAAACUUUAAGCUUUAGCCAAUAUAUCAUAAUUUUUAAAGAAUUAUUCUUCUUGUAUUUAUUGCUGUUUGAGAGCAUGAUUACUGUAUGUAUGAUAACCAUAUGAUUGGGUCUUAAUUCCCUGCUACUGGACAAGCCAGUGCCUGCUCUGUGCCUCUGUUGGGAGAAUGUUUCAUGGCUUCUUGUCUUAGAAAUAUGAAGAGAGCAUUGUAAACAACUGGCUGUUAGUGCUAUCAGAUUUGUCAGGUGUGAUCACUUAAUUGGCUUCCUUUCAUCUUAAACAAAAACAGGAUAAAAUGUUAAAUUGUUGCUUCCAGUUUUAAUUGGGCUGGGCACCCUGUUCUGUUACAGGGAUUGUUUCAUUGCCUGUGUGUUUUCUGCUACAGACUCAGCUGUGGUAGAACUGGAUCCAGUUAGAAUUUCUGAAACACUGUGAGGCAUAUUUGGUGCGAGGGAGCAGUGCACAUUGGAUGGUGUCCAUAGUUGGAAAUUAUUCUCUAUUGUCCAAAUGCUGCUUCCCUAACGAAAACUUUUUUGUCAGUGUCUAGGCCAUUUCAUAUUGUUUUUUAAUGGUAUUAAUGUUUCAUUUCUUACUUUGUUUUUUUUGUUUUUUUUUCUUUUUGAAAAGUGAGAACGUUUUCUCUUUUUUUUCUGAGUGUAGAAAAUGCCCAAUUUAUUUUUACGAGAAUUUUGUGGUGAAUCCUUUGGUAAAGUUAAAAUUUUCUCCCCUAUUUUUAACACAGAACUAGACCUUCAUUACUGUAAACAGGAAAUGCUACUUUUGAUCCUUGGGGUAUGACUUUAUAAAUUAUAAUUUAGAAGAAUUUUUCUUACUAUAGUAAGAUGUUAACUACAGAAUCUAAUUCACCUUUCAUGUGUAUGUGGAAAAUUUCAUAAAUAAUAGGGGAUAAAAGACGAUAUAUUGUGCUUUGGGGAAAUGUUUUAAUUCAUACCCCUAAUGAAUUUGCUGUAAUUAGAUGCCCACCUGUGAAAGGUUGGAAGUGCCUUGUGACUACUCUUUGACAUGAAUAAAUGUACAUGGUAUUUAUGUGGUA